AUGAGUGUUCUUCUCGAUUCCAGUUACCAAGCCGUCCUGGUCUACGUCCUUGGACUCCUUUGCGGCGUUGCCGUUCACUUGGGCAUUUUUAUUCACGGAGAAUGGCAUGUACAGGCUCCUCAGAUUGCCCUGGGUCACUUCUGGCUGUUCUUUUGUUUCGCGGCUCUCAGCCGUUACUACAAGGGCUCAGUUGUUGAUUCUACUUUCAUCAUCUAUCAGCUGCUGGUUUCAAAGGCCCAUGGAGUCUUCAUGGCUGUAGAUGGUCCCCGGUCCGAAUGCAUCAAAUCUGAGUGGUACGACAUUCUGCAUCCCGAUCGUGCGCUGGUUACAACACGCAUCAAGCCCAUUCAUGCUGCCAGACGCCGUGAAUGGAAUCGUGGAUUCUCGGCACAAGCCCUUGUUCAACACGAGUCAAAGAUUCUCAAGUAUAUUGAGCAGCUGGACAUCUGCAUCGAGGCGGAUGCCAAAGCGCACGUUGCUUCGGAAGUGCGGAACCUGUUCUUUUGGUUUGGGUUUGAUGUCAUGGGAGACUUUGUCUUUAGCAAGUCGUUCGAUAUGCUGCACCAGCAGCAGUGGCACCACAUCAUCGUGCGGCUGCAGCGUGCCCUCUCGCUCCUUGGACCAUUCAGUCCUGCUCCAUGGCUCAUCCAGGUCGGCUUCAAGUUGGGACCGCGAAUCAGCGUUCUCAAGGACUGGUUCGACAUGGUCGCCUGGUGUGAGCGGCAGAUGCGUGUCAGACUUGAUGAUGGAACUCCAAAGCCAGCUGUUCCUGAUCUUGCCUACUACUUGAUGGAGCUGAACGACGGCCAGACUGAGCUCAAGGAUCGUUUGCCAUGGCUUUAUGGCGAUAGUUUGCUCGCAAUUGUUGCUGGAAGGCAAGUUGAUUCCCCCAAUCUCCCGACGGCUGCUGCCUUGAUUGGAAUUUUCUGCGAGUUGGCUAAGCACCCCGAGCAUGCUGAGAAGGUCUAUGAGGAGUUGAAAGAUAUCGACGCUACCAACCUCAAGACUCUCACGAGCCUCCCGCACCUUAAUGCUGUCAUCAACGAAGGGCUCCGCUUGUACCCAGCCCUCCUCACCGGCGGGGCCAGGAAGACCACGGAGAACGGGGCCACGAUCGGUGGGACUUUCAUCCCGCCCGACACGACAAUCAUUGCCCCGCGUCACGUUAUAUCCCGAAGGGAGGACUGCUUCGAGCGGGCCAAUGAGUUCAUCCCCGAGCGAUGGAGUACGCGGCCAGAGAUGAUCCGCAAUGUUACAGCUUUUGCGCCAUUUGGAACAGGUCACCACAGCUGUCUUGGUCGUUUCCUGGCCACCGACACUAUGAGAUUUGUUGUUGCCAGACUUGUGAAGAAGUACCAUUUCCGCCUCGCACCGGGAGAGACGGGCAACCGUGUCUUUGACGAUGUGAGGGAUCAGUUCACCUCUAAUCCGGGUCCCCUGUCGCUGUGUUUCGAGUUGAGGUGA